AUUAUCCGUACUCCCGUCUUCCAGCAAACAUCAGUUCCUGCCCUACUAGGGUGCCCGGCGGCGACGUCGGCUUCACACUCAACGAAGGAGAAAGUCGGGGCUUUUUACAUUCAGUUCUUGGGGGGGCAAAAGCAUACUCUCAUUCCAAACUCUAAAUCCUGGCAUUCUGUCGAGGAAGAUGCCAGAAUUUUUCCGUGUCGUCGAGCACACGGUCAGUUGCUCUCAUUCGCGCGAGUAUGUCGGAGCGACCGCGAAUGGAGACGCCGACAGGCCCCAACUCGCCGUCAAACAAUACAUCCCGCUCGACAACCCGAACCCGCAACCAGGCGAUGUGACCAUCAUUGCCGCACAUGCCAACGCAUUCCCCAAGGAGCUAUACGAGCCGCUGUGGGAUGAAAUCCACAAGAGGAUAACAAAGAGCGGUAUCCGCAUCCGGUCCAUCUGGAUUGCCGACAUGUGGAAUCAAGGGCAGUCCGGGGUGCUGAACGAGAAGAUUCUCGGAAACGAUCCUAGCUGGUUGGAUCACACCAGGGACCUGGCCAACCUGAUCAACCUGAAGCGCGAUGAGAUGCCGCACCCCCUGGUCGGCAUCGGCCACAGCAUGGGCGCCGCACAACUCACCCAUCUCGCCCUGCAAAACCCGCGCUUGCUGCACUCGCUCAUCCUGAUCGACCCGGUCAUCGAGACGGGCACCACGGGCCUGGGGCCGGCCCGGGCAUCCACGUGGCGGCGCGACCUGUGGGACUCGCGCGCCGCCGCGGCCGCCAAGUUCGCCCAGUCCCCCUUCUACCAGGCCUGGGACCGGCGCGUGUUCGACCUGUGGGUGCGCUACGGCCUGCGCGACCUCCCGACCGAGCUGUAUCCUUCUUCUCCCCCUUCGUCUUCCGGGAAUGCAGCAAGCGGCGGCGGCGGCGGCGGAGGCCCGCCCGUCACGCUGACAACGACCAAGCACCAAGAGCUCUUCACCUUCCUACGGCCGACCUACCGCGCGGGGAGCGACUUGCGUGAUUGGGCAGGCCACGACGGCAACGACUCCGACUCCUCCUCCCAGAAGAGCCGGUACCCGUUCUACCGGGCGGAGCCGCGACAGGCGUUCGAGCGGCUUCCGGAGCUGCGGCCCGGGGUGCUGUACGUGUUCGGGGCACGGUCGGACAUGUCUGGGCCCGAGGCGAGGCGGGCCAAGAUGGCCCGGACGGGGACCGGGGUCGGGGGCAGCGGCGGGGCGGCGCGGGGCCGGGUGCGGGAGGCGGUGCUGGACUGCGGCCACCUGGUGGCCAUGGAGAAGGUGGCCGAGUGCGCCGACGCCGUCGCCGAGUUCCUGCCCGGCGAGCUGGCGCUGUGGCGGCGGGAGCACGAAGCGGCGGAGGCGGAGCGGAGGAGGAGAAGAGAGGCCGCGGCAGCGGCUGGCGGCGGUAGGAGGGAGGAGAUGAUGAUUGACGAGCGGUGGGUGAGGGAGAUGAAGGCCAAGAUGUGAGCGAGUUCUCGUCUCCUAAGAGAGAUGGUAUGAUGGUCGUUGUCUUAUUCCCAAUGAACGCUUGCUGGAUAGCGAAGAGGCAAGAUACCUAUAGUUAUUACUCUUCUUUUUUUGGCAUUGCAUAUUGUUAACUAGACGAGAGGCGCAUAAAUUGAGAGCAGCUAAACAGCGAAAAGACGAAUCUGUCAUGAUCAUGAUGAGGAAACGUUCUGGUUCGAAGAAGGGCGGUGGUG